AUGGCGAAAAUCUACAAGGAUUCAAGGGUCGACCUUCGCCCUUACGCGCCGACCACGGUCGCUAAUAUCCAGAUCCCAACGCAAGAGAGCCUGAUCCGACGCCCACGCUUUUCGAUCUCAACGGCCGACCAAGAACUUCCAAUCGCCAAAGACGAAGACGAAUUCGCGAGACGAUACCUCGCGACACAAGGAAAUGUUUACUUCCGCCAGCGCAGGGUGAACCCGCGGACUUUCUUGUGGAGAGUCAUCAACGACAACAAAGUACUCGAGAUCCAGUGCGCGGACCUGACGAAGGGUGGGACUGAAGUCUAUGAAUACAAUGUGACUUUACGGCUAGACUUCCAAGAAGCCAUCAUUCCUUUUGGCGUUGAGCUGUCCGAUUCAGAGGACCAUGAAAUCAUCAACGUCUUUGUGAUCACCGCAUCGAAGCACCUUCACACUUUGUCUCUACGCCCUGAAUUCUUCCGCCGGACCUCCUCAAUCGACGAAAAUGUGCGGGAUUGGUGCAAAACAUGCGUCCCUGCGCCUUUGGCUUUCUCGAACCCCCACAGACUCCACGCCAGCAGCCCGCUCGAGCUGUUCAUCUCCCUAGACAAUGGCGCGUUGUUGCGAUUGACCCGCAGAGCCGGCGACGACGGCUCCCACUGGACCCCUCUUACCUUCGACGAACGCACAUGGGGCUCUUCGAUCCGAGGCCUUGUGAAAUGGAACGCACCCUCCUCCAUCCGACACGAUGGGCGCAACCUCGAUUUGAACGUCGCGAAUGCGAUCGCGACGACAUCCGAUGAAACCUACGUUUUUGCGAUCUGCCUGAACCACACCCUCAAGAUCUGGAAUCUUGCAACGAGCAAACUUGCCGCAACAAAGGACCUCCUCGGACGCCAGAUCCAGGACCCGGAUGUUGUUUCCUACACACUGAACCCCGCCGAGUCAUCGUUCAUGCGCGUCUUCAACGCCGAGCGCGCGAUGGAUGGAGGGCACCGCUACUACGUUGUCACAUAUUCGCCAUUCGAGGAUGGAAAGUUCAAGUUCUGGGCUGUGAAGGGUGGUCUCACAUCUGACCUUGUCAUUGAGGAAUUGUUUGCGGAUGCUGUUUUCCGACCUGUGGACCCCGAUGCGACGGGCAACAUGUUCUGGAGCAUCGCCGAUUUCCAGGUCAAAUCCCGGGAAGAGGGCAAAGGGAUGGAGAUGUGGGUUCUGUGGAGAAACCACGGUCUAUACCAACUCUACACUUUGCACUUCGACCUACAAACCCUUGUAUCAGACUGGGCCGACAAGUGGGUUUCAACAACAUUCGAAACACAUCGACAGGAAUUACCGCCCUCUCUUGUGGUGGACGACGUUGUCGAUCCCACGGAAAAGUGGCUCAAGUACUUGCUGCAGCCGAACAGAUAUCUGCCCGAGGUCCUCGAGACCGCCUUGGCUGUGUAUCAAGAAGCCCUCAAACCGCUUUCUUCGACUUCAUCUGGUGGAUUGAAAAAGAGCUUGCCUUUGGCGGAGCGACUUUGCUCCACAAUAGCAUCUGCAGUAUCCCUUCGGAAAUUCGCUGAUGAUGAGAUGGACUACAGCCGUUUCACAUCUGACACAGACGCCAAGUGGCGUCAGUUCUGGCAGGUUGCAGAGGACCUCAACAAGCGUCGGUUUGAGCCCAUCUCCCUCGCCUACGACUCUUACACCGAUAUGCCCUGGCUUCUCUUUUCCGACGCAUGUGCGGUGGUGCGGGAAUGCAGUGUCACUGAGCUCCUAUUGCAUAACUCCGACACCGAAUUGAGUCAGGGUGUGCCGCUUAUGAUGGACCGCUGGAGGCACCGGAAUGUCCCCAGAGAAAUCGGAGCCGACUCACAGACUGCUUCUGUGCUGCUGAAGGUGGCAUCUGACUUCCGCAAGAAGUUUACUUCUCAGCUUGAUGGGGCGUGCAGGGCUGCCCUCCAGACCGAAAUAUUCUCAGAGCCUUCUUCGUCGAUUUUGGAUCGCAUGGACAGUUUCCGGGAGCGAUGCGAUUUCACGAACCAGAUCUCGAAUAAGACUUUCGACAAUCUGGACGCUGCUUUGAGCGAAUAUAUGAACACGGAUUGCUUGCCAAUGGAUGCAUUCCUUGCUAUCAUCAAUACCGCUUCGCUUCACUUCUGCGGAGAAGACUCCGAGCUUUCUUCAACCUGUUUCGGUGCCCGAGUCCUUGUCAGUGGUGCGCAGGAAACAAUCUCCAUUAUGCGUCAAAUAUUCUUCGACCUAUUGAUUCUUGUCACAUUUUUGGAUGGAGAGUUGGAGCAAUCCAGCAAGUCCGACUUCGAUGCACCCGUCCUCUUCUCUUCACUUGUUGAUCUUCUGCGCGAGUAUGAGAUGAUGGCUUGGCUCAGCUCCAAUGUGCGGAAGUGCCCAGACAGCCCUGCAAAAUUACACGAAUCGUCAACGUCGAAGAUUUUCAAGGAAAGCAGCCCCAAGAGCCAAAACCAACGGACUGCAAGCAUUCUCGAAGACUUGUUUGUGACCGAUAUCAAACCGCAGCAAGCAAUUGAUUCUCCGCAGACCUAUACUUUGACUUUGGGCAUCAGGGAUGUUGUGGCUUGGAUCACUCGCGAAGGCGAGGUGAACUACCAGAACGCAGUCGCCCAUAUCCAAUGCGACCUGAUUGCUAAGAAUAACAUUGAUCUUGCAUGGGACUUCCUGCGAUUCCAGGCAAGCACUUCCUGGUCGACUUAUGUCAAGGGCCGCUUGCAUGCCGCUAUGUCAGAAUUUGACGCUGCAGCAAUCUACUUCCGAAAGGCUGCCUACUUGCUAUCCUGCGGCAAGCCAAUGGGAAACCUUUCCGAUAUGUCGGCGGAGCUGCUAGAUCUUCUCGAUGGAGACUGCUUCCACAAUGGUCUCGCAAAAUACUACCAGCACGCUCUUUCGAUCUUCGAAAAAGCGCGCUCAUACUCCCACGUCGCGGACUUUGCCAGCCUGGCGCUGCAAGCCCUCGACUCCGAAGCCUGGGCUGAUCAAGACGUUGAAUACUCCACCAUCCGCGAUGACCUGCUAUCACGGUUAUUCACCGGAUCCCUGAAAACUUGCCAAUUUGACCAAGCAUACUCCGCCUUGACCAGGUUACAGGAUCUCAAGCUGCAAAAGACCGAGCUCAGCGAGCUCAUUUCCACCAUCCUAGCAGUCUCCGGCCCCGGAACUGCCGGCCUCAAGCAGAUCCUCCGCUUCCCCACCACUCUCGUGCCCAACAUCGCCUCUUUCAUCGACGAGAUCCUCGUCCACCUGACCCACAAGCAAACCGCCAACGUCUCCUGGCAAGACGCCGACAACAAAACCUUCCAAGCCACCCCCGACUAUACCCGAAUUCUCCAAGCCUACCGCAUCGCCCGCAGCGACUACCGCGGCGCCGCCGAAAUCGCCUACCGCAACGUCCAGCGUCUCCGCAAGGCCCGCGAUACCUCCGCCCUCGUCCACAAGGGCAAGGAAAUCGACGAAGCCUCCAGACCCGUCGAAGAAGACGAUGCAGAAAGCAAGGAAAUCCGCCACGAACUCCUCUCCCUCAUCAACCUGCUCGCCUGCGUCGACAAAAGCGAAGCCUACAUCCUCGUCGAAAACUGUCCCCCAAUCAGCACCACCUUCGACAGACGCCCAAGCACACACGCAGACGAGGAAGGAAAUAUCUCCAUGGAAGAUGCAGACAGUCCAUCCGCUACCCGGAGCUUCCACCGCAGAGACAGCAGCAAAUCUUCUGCCGUCGCUCGCCGAAGCAGCGUCUCUUUCGAAGUCCCUGCCACGAACCAUUUGCUUAAGCGUCGUAUCAUCGUUACGCUUGAGCAUCUGCGUCGCGAGUUCCAGUCUGAGCUUGAUCGUGUUAGUCGCAUUGAGCGGGGUGAUUGGGAGUUUGGUCUUUAUGAGGAGGAACUACAGCCUGAUGAUGAUAUGAUGGUGCUGUAG